AGAAAUACACAUUUAUUAUAAACAAAACUGUUAAGUCUUUCUCAAGAGGAUUAAAGUGGGAAAUGAGGGGCCAGGGGUGGUACAGGGUUUUAAUUCCAGCUCGCAGGAGGGAGAGGUGACAUGAAUCUCAUCUCUUGAGUUGAGAGGUAACCUUGUCCACAGGUCAAUGUUACAUAAGACCAUAUCCCCCUCACCCCCCAAGAAAUGAGGUGAUUUACCCUCUGUUUAGGAUAGUCCAUCAUAGAUUAAUAUUACCUUCUAGUAGGAGUGUUUUCAUUUUUGAGUACAUGCAGUGGGGAGGUGCUUUCUGCUUUUCAAUUCCCAAUUAAACUUGUACUAUAGCUGAGAUAGUUGUGGGAUCACCUGAAGUUUCUUUUUUGGAAAUUUUGUUGAAAUUGGCUUCAGUGAUCAGACUAGAAACUUUGAUGCUAUGUAUAGAUAGCAGCAAGUGUCUACUAUUGAUCUCACCUACAACCAUGGCCAAAGCCACACUGUCUAAUGUGGCCAAUUACACAUGGUUAGGUCUAACAUGGUUAUAAUUAAGUUACUGAGUUGCACCACUUACUUACCUUUCAAAGUAUUCAAUAGCUACAUGUAUCCAAGUGGCUAUGUUCCUGUGGAUACAGCCUGUUUCCACAGAAUGAACCAUGCUGUAGCCAGGGAAGUAGCCUCAGACCUAAUUUGCCAGCUUCUCUCCAUUCUUUUCUCUUAAAUCUUUAAAAAAAAAAAAAUUACAUUCAUUUUAUCGUGUGUGCUUGUGUGUGGGAGCAUCCUGGAUCUUUGAAGGUCAGGGAACAACUUAGUUUCAGUUCUCUCUCUCCACUAUGUGGGCCAGAGGGAUGGAAGUCAGGCCUUAAGGCUUUGCAGUGAGUGCCUUUUACUCUCGGGGGGGGGGGGGGGCAUCUUAUAGGCCCUUAAAGCUUUUCUUUUCUUUUUUAAUCUAUGGGAAAAUGUCCCCUUUGGUUUGCACUAUGGGUUAACUUCUCAGAGUGACUCCUUGGGCGAUUUUUUUCUUGUGUAGCCUCAGCCUUUUCACUUGUAAUAUGGAGAUAAUUCCACAAUGUUGGUGAGGAAAGGGGGGGGGGAAUAUAAAGUAUCGAGUACAUAGUUAAUUUGUCUCAACCUGCUUACUCCAUGUAUACAGUCUGUGCAGAAAGGUAAUUCUAGUCUUCCCUCCUUCCAUACUUGGGAGUGCGGGAGCUUGCCAAGGGUCUUAUUCAGAUUAACAAUAUUCCAACCAAGUAGCAGAGUAUUUAGCUUAGUUUAAGGAAGAAGAAGAAGAAAUAAAAGACAGGUUUAGAAGAUUUUCGGGAAAAUUAAAUAUGGGGUGGGGACACUCUACAUUGAUGUUUUGGUCGGGAAGUGGUUGUUUGGGGAUCGCGAGGACACCGACAAUACUUCUACUCCAAAGGGUCUUGGAGUUAGAAGACCUGAGAGUCGUCCAGCUUUCUUCCGGCCCCCAAACGUGGCAAGAACCCACCCUUUGCAGCGCCAGGCACGGUGCCUCACUUUCUCCAUUUGCGGACUCCAGUUCCCAGGAUGCAGAGCUGCGGCCAAUCUCCAGGCUCUCUUUUCACCCCCCACCCCCCCUUGGCAAAGAUUGUCCCCCAGCCAAAGAAAGGAGUUCCAAGGGUCAGUGACUUUAGGGAACAGAAUUAAAAAGUGGCCAGAAUCCUAGCUUUACCACCCAGAAGGUAAAGGAGGCAGCUCCUGGGCCGUGGCGAAGAAGAGGGGGGCUUUAUUCCCACGUGUCUGCCCGGCGGCCAGCCUGGCGCAGUCGGGGUUAAUCUGCAGCGGAGGGAUCCCGGAGCGUGUGCGUAGAACUGCAGAGUCACAGCCUUUCCUCCAAGAGGGCUGUACCCCUCCGCCGCCCCGCUCCAACACAAAAUAGGGCCUCCUCUUCUCCUUUCUCCCCUUCUCGAGUGGGGUUCCCCAGGCAAAAGGGCCCCCUGGAUCUCGCGCCGGACGCUCCACGAGUCUCUACGAUCGCUGCCCAGCUCCAAGGCGAGGAAAGAGCCUCUUCGCAGGAACCACCCUACCGGCCGAGCAGGAGGCGGAGGGGGGAGGCGGAGCGGCGCCGCGCUGCACUACUUUCCUCUCCGGUUGCAAAUGGCUGCCUCGUUCCCCACUUUCCGCUCAGUUUCCUGACCCCCCGGCGCCGGGAGCCGGGGUUGGACCAUGCACCUCUAGACCCCCCGCGAUCAGUGCCUGCCGGGGGUCUAGGGGGUGCCGCUGACCACAGGCGGCCAGGCCGGGGGCGGGGCAGCUCCCGAGGCCAGAGGGGAAGGGAGGCGAGCGCUGGGCCUGGAGCGGCCGGAGGGGAGCGGGCAGAGGGCUCGCACCGCCCGCCCCUUCCUCUUCCUCGCCCACCAACCCUCCUCCCUUCCCCGGGGGGAGCAGAAGGUGGGGGGCUCGAAGCCGCCGAGGGGGGACGCUCGGGGUCGCGGAGCCCGGCGCUGGGUGUGUGUCAGGUUCGGCCCCGCCGGCUCCGCGUCGCCGUAGCUCGCGCGGCCCCGGGGCGCCGGCCCGGCGGGGAGAGGGGCUCGGCGCGGCUGCGAGGGGCUCACGUUCCAUCCGGGCCCGGCGCGCGGCGCGGCGCGGCGCGGCAUUCCUUCCGGGCUGCUGGGGAGGCGCCUCGACGUUCCAUCUGGAGAGCCUCGACGUUCCGCCCGAGCCCGGCGCGGGCGGCCGGGGCGCUGGCCGGGCCCUAGGACUGAGAGGCCGCCCCGCGACGCGGAUGCGGAGCCUGCUCGCCCAAGAUCAAAGCCACCGGUGCUCUCUUUGUGUCCGCUCGGGAUUCGCCGCCCUGGGGCUGUUCAUGGAAACCUAAACUGCUGGAACCUGAGGCAGAGAACCCCUGUUGGAUUUUUGCUUUUUUUUUUUUUUUUUUUUUUAAACCCCCGGGGGAAGGGUGACCACUCCGACCUGGAUUUACCGUUCUUGGUCUCCCUAAGCCCCCCCGAGUGGGGGGCGGCUGUGCUCGCUCUGGCGGUUGGAGGUCGGGGAGCGGCCCGGGCUCUGGCCAUGUUCUCGGAUGAGGAUUUCUGGAUCGCCCUGUGAAGAGGUCUCCCCGAGAGGGCCCUGCCCAGUCGGAGAGAGGGAUGGACAGCCAGAAGCCGCCUGCUGAAGAUAAAGAUUCAGACCCAGCAGCUGAUGGACUUGCAGCCCCCGAGAAGCCAGGUGCCACUGAGCCAGACCUUCCCAUUCUGUGUAUCGGGGAGGUCUCCGUCCCCGGUUCUGGGGGUUCCAGGCCUCAGAAGCCUCCUCAUGACUGCAGUAGGGGUCCAGCACGGCGUUGUGCUCUCUGUAACUGCGGGGAGCCCGGUCUGCAUGGGCAGAGGGAGCUGCAGCGCUUUGAGUUGCCAUCUGACUGGCCCGGGUUUCCAGUGGUACCCUCUGGGGGAAACUCAGGUCCCUGUGAGGCAGUGCUGCCCAAGGAGGACGCAUCACAAAUUGGUUUCCCUGAGGGUCUUACGCCUGCCCACCUAGGAGAGCCUGGAGGGCACUGCUGGGCACAUCAUUGGUGUGCAGCGUGGUCAGCAGGCGUAUGGGGGCAGGAGGGCCCAGAACUAUGUGGUGUGGACAAGGCCAUCUUCUCAGGGAUCUCACAGCGCUGCUCCCACUGCGCCAGGUUCGGUGCCUCCGUUCCUUGCCGCUCACCCGGAUGUUCCCGGCUUUACCACUUUCCCUGUGCAACUGCCAGUGGUUCCUUCUUAUCCAUGAAAACCCUGCAGCUGCUCUGCCCAGAGCACAGUGAUGGAGCUGCACAUUUGGAGGAGGCUCGCUGUGCAGUGUGUGAGGGGCCAGGGCAGCUGUGUGACUUGCUCUUCUGUACCAGCUGUGGGCAUCACUAUCAUGGAGCCUGUCUGGACACUGCUCUGACUGCCCGCAAGCGUGCCAGUUGGCAGUGCCCUGAAUGCAAAGUGUGCCAAUCGUGCAGGAAACCUGGGAAUGAUUCUAAAAUGUUGGUGUGUGAGACAUGUGACAAAGGGUAUCAUACUUUCUGCUUAAAACCGCCUAUGGAGGACCUGCCUGCUCACUCGUGGAAAUGUAAGACAUGCCGGCUAUGUCGGGCCUGUGGGGCCGGCUCAGCAGAACUGAAUCCCAACUCUGAGUGGUUUGAGAACUAUUCACUCUGUCACCGCUGUCAUAAAGCCCAGGGAAGCCAGCCUGUCACGUCUGUUGCCGAGCAGCACCCAGCUGUCUGUAGCAGAUUGUCCCCCCCAGAGCCUGGUGAGAUCCCCAUUGAUGCGCCGGAUGCUCUGUACGUUGCAUGCCAAGGGCAGCCAAAGGGUGGGCAUGUGACCUCUAUGCAACCCAAGGAACUGGCGCCCCUGCAAUGUGAAGCCAAACCACUAGGGAGAGCAGGGACCCAACUUGAAGCCCAGUUGGAGGCUCCCCUGCAUGAGGAGAUGCCACUGCUGCCCCCGCCUGAGGAGUCACCCCUGUCUCCACCACCUGAAGAGUCACCCACAUCUCCACCACCUGAGGCCUCUCGCCUGUCCCCACCAACUGAGGAGUCGCCCCUUUCUCCACCACCUGAGUCGUCACCUUUCUCUCCACUGGAGGGGUGCCCUCCAUCUCCUGCACUAGACACACCCCUGUCUCCACCGCCUGAAGCCUCACCCCUAUCUCCACCAUUUGAGGAGUCUCCUCUGUCCCCUCCACCAGAGGAACUGCCCUCUUCUCCGCCACCUGAAGCAUCUCGCCUAUCCCCUCCACCAGAAGAGUCACCCAUGUCCCCUCCACCCGAAGAGUCACCCAUGUCCCCUCCACCUGAGGCAUCUCGUCUUUUCCCACCAUUUGAAGAGUCUCCCCUAUCUCCUCCACCUGAGGACUCUCCUCUGUCCCCACCUCCAGAGGCAUCACGGCUGUCCCCACCCCCUGAGGACUCCCCCAUGUCUCCCCCACCUGAAGACUCACCUAUGUCCCCCCCACCUGAGGUGUCCCGCUUCUUGCCCCUGCCUGUCCUGUCACAUCUGUCGCCUCUGCCUGAGGUAUCACGGCUGUCCCCACCACCUGAGGAAUCUCCCCUGUCCCCACCACCCGAGGACUCUCCUGCCUCACCUCCACCUGAAGCCUCCCGACUGUCCCCACCACCCGAGGACUCUCCUGCCUCACCUCCUCCUGAAGCCUCCCGACUGUCCCGUCCCCGGGAAGACUCACCUGCUUCACCACCACCAGAGGACUCACUCGUGUCCUUGCCGAUGGAGGAGUCACCGCUGUCGCCACUGCCUGAGGAGCUGAGACUCUGCCCUCAGCCCGAGGAACCAUACUUGUCUCCUCAGCCUGAGGAGCCCCGACUCUGUCCCCAGCCUGAGGAGCUGCCGCUGUCCCCACAGUCUGAGGAGCCAUGCCUGUCCCCUGUGCUUGUAGAACCAGGCCCGUCUUCUCAGCCUGAGGAGCCACACCUGUCCCCUGUGCCUCAGGAGCCACACCUGUCCCCUCAGCCUGAGGAGCCACACCUGUCCCCUCAGCCUCAGCAGUUGCACCUGUCUCCUCAUUCUGAGGAGCCCUGCCUGUCCCCCAUGCCUGAGGAGCCAUGCCUGUCCCCACAGCCUGAGGAACUAAAUGGACCUCCUCAGCCUGCAGAGCCUCCUGAGGAACCAAGCCAGAGCUCUGCACCUAAGGAGCUGUCCUUGUUUUCCCCAAGUGGGGAACCACCUUUACCCCCCAUGCUUGGAGAGCCAGCCCUGUCUGAGCCUGGGGAACCACCUCUAUCCCCACUUCCCGAGGAGCUGCCCUUGUCCCUGUCGGGGGAGCCAGUCUUGUCACCUCAGCUGAUGCCACCAGAUCCUCUUCCUCCUCCACUCUCACCCAUUAUCCCAGCUGCAGCCCCUCCAGCCUUGUCUCCUUUGGGGGAGUUAGAGUACCCCUUUGGUGCCAAAGGGGACAGUGACCCCGAGUCACCGUUGGCUGCCCCCAUCCUCGAGACACCUAUCAGCCCUCCACCGGAAGCCAACUGCACUGACCCUGAGCCUGUGCCCCCGAUGAUCCUCCCCCCAUCUCCAGGCUCACCCCUGGGACCCGCCUCUCCGAUCCUCAUGGAGCGCCUCCCUCCACCUUGCUCUCCGCUCCUUCCGCACUCCUUGCCUCCUCCGACCCCCCCUCCUUCCCACUGCUCACCUCCUGCUCUGCCGCUCUCAGUUCCCUCCCCGCUGAGUCCUGUGCAGAAGGCAGUGGAUGUCUCAGAUGAAGCUGAGCUGCACGAGAUGGAGACUGAUAAAGGCCCGGAACCUGAGUGCCCAGCCUUGGAGCCCAGGGCCACCAGUCCCCUGCCGUCCCCUCUGGGAGACCUUUCUUGCCCCGCCCCCAGCCCUGCCCCGGCCCUGGAUGACUUCUCUGGCUUGGGAGAAGACACAGCCCCUCUAGAUGGGACUGGACAGAUGUCUGGCAGCUUGGCUGGUGAACUUAAAGGUUCUCCUGUGCUCCUGGACCCCGAGGAGCUGACCCCUGUGACCCCUAUGGAGGUCUAUGGCCCAGAAUGCAAGCAGGCAGGGCAAGGCUCACCCUGUGAAGAGCAGGAGGAGCCUGGUGCACCAAUGGCCCCCAUGCCGCCCACUCUCAUCAAAUCUGACAUCGUCAAUGAGAUCUCUAACCUGAGCCAGGGCGAUGCCAGUGCCAGUUUUCCUGGUUCAGAGCCUCUGCUGGGCUCCCCUGACCCCGAGGGGGGCGGCUCCUUGUCCAUGGAGCUGGGAGUAUCCACGGAUGUUAGUCCGGCCCGAGAUGAGGGUUCCCUACGCCUCUGCACUGACUCUCUGCCAGAGACAGACGACUCCCUGCUGUGUGACACUGGGACAGCAACCAGUGGAGGCAAAGCCGAGGGGGACAAAGGGCGGCGGCGAAGCUCCCCCGCCCGGUCCCGAAUCAAACAGGGUCGGAGCAGCAGUUUCCCAGGACGACGCCGGCCUCGUGGAGGAGCAGCGCAUGGAGGCCGAGGGAGAGGACGGGCCCGACUGAAGUCGACCACUUCUUCCGUUGAGACACUGGUAGUGGCUGAUAUUGAUAGUUCUCCUAGCAAGGAGGAGGAGGAGGAAGACGAUGACACCAUGCAAAAUACCGUGGUUCUCUUCUCUAACACAGACAAGUUUGUUCUAAUGCAGGACAUGUGUGUGGUGUGCGGCAGCUUUGGCCGGGGCGCUGAGGGCCACCUCUUGGCCUGUUCACAGUGUUCUCAGUGCUAUCACCCGUACUGUGUCAACAGCAAGAUCACCAAGGUGAUGCUGCUGAAGGGCUGGCGUUGUGUGGAGUGUAUCGUGUGUGAGGUGUGCGGCCAGGCCUCCGACCCUUCGCGCCUGCUGCUCUGUGAUGACUGUGACAUUAGCUACCAUACAUACUGCCUGGAUCCCCCACUGCUCACUGUGCCCAAGGGUGGCUGGAAGUGCAAGUGGUGUGUGUCGUGUAUGCAGUGUGGGGCCGCCUCCCCUGGCUUCCACUGUGAAUGGCAGAAUAGUUACACACAUUGCGGGCCAUGUGCCAGCCUGGUGACCUGUCCUGUCUGUCAUGCUCCCUAUGUGGAGGAAGACCUGCUAAUCCAGUGUCGCCACUGUGAACGGUGGAUGCACGCCGGCUGCGAGAGCCUCUUCACAGAGGAUGAGGUGGAGCAGGCCGCCGACGAGGGCUUUGACUGUGUUUCCUGCCAGCCCUAUGUGGUGAAGCCUGUGGUGCCCGUCGCCCCACCAGAGCUGGUACCUGUGAAGGUAAAAGAGCCAGAGCCCCAGUUCUUUCGCUUCGAGGGUGUGUGGCUGACAGAAACUGGCAUGGCGGUGCUGCGUAACCUGACCAUGUCACCACUGCACAAGCGGCGCCAGCGGCGAGGACGGCUAGGCCUCCCAGGCGAGGCAGGGCUGGAGGGUUCUGAGCCCUCAGAUGCCCUUGGCCCUGAUGACAAGAAGGAUGGGGACCUGGACACUGACGAUCUGCUCAAGGGUGAAGGCGGUGUUGAGCAAAUGGAAUGUGAAAUUAAGCUAGAAGGCCCCGCCAGCCCUGAUGUAGAACUUGGCAAAGAAGAGACAGAGGAAAGCAAAAAGCGCAAGCGCAAACCCUAUCGGCCAGGCAUUGGUGGUUUCAUGGUACGGCAGCGGAAGUCUCACACCCGCGUGAAAAGGGGGCCUGCUGCACAAGCAGAGGUGUUGAGUGGGGAUGGACAGCCCGACGAGGGUGAGACGGUGAUGCCUGCUGACCUGCCUGCAGAGGGCUCUGUGGAACAGAGCCUUGCUGAGGGGGACGAGAAGAAGAAGCAACAGCGACGAGCGCGCAAGAAGAGCAAGCUGGAGGACAUGUUCCCUGCUUACCUGCAGGAAGCCUUCUUUGGAAAGGACCUGCUGGACCUGAGUCGGAAGGCCCUGUUUGCAGUUGGGGUGGGCCGGCCAGGCUUUGGACUGGGAGCCUCAAAGCCCCGGGCCGAUGGAGGUUCGGAUAGGAAGGAGCUUAUGACGGCCAUGCACAAAGGAGAUGAUGGCCCGGAUGUUGCAGAUGAGGAGUCCCAUGGGCCUGAGGGCACGGCUGAUUUACCAGGGCUUGAGGAUGGGGGUGUAAAGGCAUCCCCAGUGCCCAGUGACCCCGAGAAGCCGGGCACCCCAGGUGAAGGAGUGCUUAGCUCUGACUUAGACAGGAUUCCCACAGAAGAACUACCCAAAAUGGAGUCCAAGGACCUGCAGCAGCUCUUUAAGGAUGUCCUGGGCUCAGAACGAGAGCAGCAUUUGGGUUGUGGGACUCCUGGUCUAGAAGGUGGCCGAACAUCACUGCAGAGGCCCUUUCUCCAAGGCGGCCUCGCUUUGGGCAGUCUCCCCUCCAGCAGCCCGAUGGACUCCUACCCAGGCCUCUGCCAGUCGCCCUUCUUGGAUUCUAGGGAGCGCGGGGGCUUCUUUAGCCCAGAACCCGGUGAGCCAGACAGCCCUUGGACAGGCUCAGGGGGCACCACACCCUCCACCCCCACCACGCCUACCACAGAGGGCGAGGGAGACGGGCUGUCCUAUAACCAGCGGAGUCUGCAGCGUUGGGAAAAAGACGAGGAGCUGGGUCAGCUCUCCACUAUCUCACCUGUUCUCUAUGCCAACAUUAACUUUCCUAAUCUCAAGCAAGAUUACCCAGACUGGUCUAGCCGAUGUAAACAAAUCAUGAAGCUCUGGAGAAAGGUUCCAGCCGCUGACAAAGCCCCCUACCUGCAAAAGGCCAAAGAUAACCGGGCUGCUCACCGCAUCAGCAAGGUGCAGAAGCAGGCUGAGAGCCAGAUCAGCAAGCAAGCCAAGAUGGGCGACAUAGCCCGUAAGACUGAUCGACCGGCCCUCCAUCUCCGUAUUCCCUCCCAGCCAGGGGCACUGGGCAGUCCGCCCCCUGCUGCGGCCCCCACCAUUUUCCUUGGCAGCCCCACCACCCCUGCUGGCUUGUCUACCUCUGCGGACGGGUUCCUGAAGCCACCAGCGGGCACAGUACCCGGCCCUGACUCACCUGGUGAGCUCUUCCUCAAGCUCCCGCCCCAGGUGCCCGCCCAAGUGCCUUCGCAGGACCCCUUUGGACUGGCCCCUGCCUACGCCCCGGAGCCCCGCUUCUCUGCGGCACCACCCACUUAUCCUCCUUACCCAAGCCCCACUGGAGCCCCUGCCCAGCCCCCAAUGCUGGGUACCACAACUCGACCUGGGACUGGCCAGCCAGGGGAAUUUCAUACUACCCCACCGGGUACCCCCAGACACCAGCCUUCCACGCCUGACCCCUUCCUCAAACCUCGCUGCCCCUCAUUGGACAACCUGGCUGUGCCUGAGAGCCCAGGGGUAGCAGGAGGCAAGGCUUCUGAGCCUCUGCUCUCACCCCCACCUUUUGGGGAGUCCCGGAAGUCCCUAGAAGUGAAGAAGGAAGAGCUUGGGGCAUCCUCUCCUGGCUAUGGUCCCCCAAACCUGGGCUGUGUUGACUCACCCUCUGCUGGCCCCCACCUGGGUGGCCUGGAGUUAAAGGCACCUGAUGUCUUCAAAGCCCCCCUAACCCCUCGGGCAUCUCAGGUAGAGCCCCAGAGCCCGGGCCUGGGCUUGCGGGCCCAGGAGCCACCCCCUGCCCAGGCUUUGGCCCCUUCACCUCCCAGCCACCCAGAUGUCUUUCGUUCUGGCCCAUACCCCGACCCCUAUGCCCAGCCCCCAUUGACUCCUCGGCCCCAACCACCACCCCCUGAGAGCUGCUGUGCCCCGCCUCCCCGAUCACUGCCCUCUGACCCUUUCUCCAGAGUGCCCGCUAGUCCUCAGUCCCAGUCCAGUUCCCAGUCCCCACUGACCCCACGUCCCCUGUCGGCUGAGGCUUUCUGCCCAUCCCCUGUAACCCCUCGCUUCCAGUCCCCUGACCCUUAUUCUCGUCCACCCUCACGACCUCAGUCCCGUGAUCCCUUUGCCCCAUUGCAUAAGCCACCCCGGCCCCAGCCCCCUGAAGUUGCCUUUAAGGCUGGGCCCCUAGCCCACACUCCACUGGGAGCUGGGGGCUUCCCAGCAGCCCUGCCCUCUGGCCCAGCAGGUGAGCUCCAUGCCAAGGUCCCAAGUGGGCAGCCCACUAAUUUUGCCCGUUCUCCCGGGACAGGCACAUUUGUGGGCACCCCAUCUCCCAUGCGGUUCACUUUCCCACAGGGGGUAGGGGAACCUUCCCUAAAACCCCCUGUCCCUCAGCCUGGUCUCCCUUCACCCCAUGGGAUCAACAGCCAUUUUGGGCCUGGCCCCACCUUGGGCAAGCCUCAAAGCACAAACUACGCAGUAGCCACGGGGAACUUUCACCCAUCAGGCAGCCCCCUAGGGCCCAACAGUGGGCCCACAGGGGAGGGCUAUGGGCUGUCCCCACUACGCCCCGCAUCCGUUCUGCCACCUCCCGCACCUGAUGGAUCCCUCCCCUACUUGACGCAUGGAGCCUCACAAAGGGUAGGCAUCACCUCUCCAGUGGAAAAGAGAGAAGACCCAGGAGCUACAAUGAGUAGUAGCUCUUUGGCCACACCUGAACUCUCAAGUGCCCAGGAUGCAGGCAUAUCUAGCCUCAGCCAGACAGAGCUGGAGAAGCAGCGGCAGCGCCAGCGACUACGGGAACUGCUGAUUCGACAGCAGAUCCAGCGGAACACCCUGCGGCAGGAGAAGGAAACAGCUGCAGCAGCUGCAGGUGCAGUAGGGCCUCCAGGCAACUGGGGUGCUGAACCCAGCAGCCCUGCCUUUGAACAGCUGAGCCGAGGCCAGACCCCUUUCACUGGGUCUCAGGAUAGGAGCAGCAUCGUGGGGCUACCCGCCAGCAAGCUAGGCGGCCCCACGCUGGGCCCAGGGGCCUUCUCCAGCGAUGAUCGGCUCGCCCGGCCACUUCCGCCAGCCACACCUUCUUCCAUGGACAUGAACAGCAGGCAACUUGUCGGAGGCUCCCAGGCCUUCUACCAGCGAACACCCUAUCCUGGGUCCCUGCCCUUACAGCAGCAGCAGCAGCAACAACAACAGCAGCAGCAACAACAGCAGCAGCAGCAGCAACAACAGCAGCAGCAGCAGCAACAACAACAACUGUGGCAGCAGCAGCAGCAGCAGCAGCAACAACAGCAGCAGCAGGCGGCGGCAGCAGCAGCAGCAACCUCCAUGAGACUUGCCAUGUCUGCUCGGUUCCCGUCAACUCCUGGACCUGAACUUGGCCGCCAAGCACUAGGUUCCCCCUUGGCAGGAAUCCCCACCCGACUUCCAGGCCCUGCUGAGCCAGUUCCUGGUCCCGCUGGCCCUGCUCAGUUCAUCGAGUUGCGACAUAAUGUGCAGAAAGGACUUGGACCUGGGGUAUCUCCGUUUCCUGGUCAAGGACCCCCUCAGAGGCCCCGUUUUUACCCAGUCAGCGAGGAACUCCAUCGACUGGCUCCUGAAGGUCUUCGGGGCCUGGCUGUUCCAGGCCUUCCCUCACAAAAGCCUUCAGCCCUGCCAGCCCCCGAGCUGAACAACAGCCUCCAUCAGACGCCCCAUGCCAAGGGCCCCGCCCUAGCCUCUGGCUUGGAGCUGGUCAGCCGCCCACCGUCAAACACUGAACUUAGUCGUCCCCCUCUGGCCUUGGAGGCUGGGAAGUUGCCUUGUGAGGACCCUGAGCUGGAUGACGACUUUGAUGCCCACAAGGCCCUGGAGGAUGAUGAAGAGCUUGCUCACUUGGGUCUGGGUGUGGAUGUGGCCAAGGGUGAUGAUGAGCUGGGCACCCUGGAAAACCUGGAGACGAAUGACCCCCACCUGGAUGACCUCCUCAAUGGAGAUGAAUUUGACCUGCUAGCGUACACUGACCCUGAGCUUGAUACUGGGGACAAGAAGGACAUCUUCAAUGAGCACCUAAGGCUGGUGGAGUCAGCAAAUGAGAAGGCUGAGCGAGAAGCCCUGCUGCGGGGGGUGGAGCCAGUGUCCUUGGGCCCCGAGGAGCGGCCUCCACCUGCCCCAGAUAACUCUGAGCCUCGCUUAACAUCUGUGCUCCCCGAGGUGAAGCCCAAAGUGGAGGAGGGAGGACGCCAUCCUUCUCCUUGCCAGUUCACCAUUAAUACCCCCAAGGUGGAGCCAGCCCCUCCUGCCACUUCCCUCAGCCUGGGUCUGAAGCCAGGACAGACUGUGAUGGGCACCCGGGACACUCGAGGAGGAGUGGGUACAGGAUCGUUCCCCAGCAGUGGGCACACGGCUGAGAAGGGCCCCUUUGGGGCCACAGGAGGAACACCAGCUCACUUGCUGAACCCCAGCUCACUGAGUGGCCCAGCUGCAUCCUCUCUUCUGGAAAAGUUUGAGCUAGAAAGUGGGGCCCUAACCUUACCCAGUGGGCAUGCAGCAGCUGGGGAUGAACUGGACAAAAUGGAGAGCUCAUUGGUAGCUAGCGAGUUGCCCCUUCUCAUUGAGGACCUACUAGAGCACGAGAAGAAGGAGCUACAGAAGAAGCAACAGCUUUCAGCACAGACUGUGCUGCCUGCCCAGCAGCAGCAGCAGCAGCAGCAGCAGCAGCAGCAGCAGCAGCAGCAGCAUACCCUCCUUCCCACACCAGGCCCUGCCCAGGCACUGCCUUUGCCACAUGAGCCUGGGCCACCACAGCAGCUUGCUCUAGGUAUUGGAAGUACCCGGCAGCCAGGCUUGGGCCAGUCGAUGGUGCCCAUCCAGCCACCAGCUCAUGCCCUUCAGCAGCGCCUGGCCCCAUCCGUGGCUAUGGUGUCUAACCAAGGGCAUAUGCUAAGUGGGCAGCAAGCAGGGCAGACAGGCCUGGUACCCCAGCAGAGUUCACAGCCAGUGUUGGCACAGAAGCCCAUGAGUGCCAUGCCAGCGUCCAUGUGCAUGAAGCCCCAGCAGCUGGCGAUGCAGCAGCAGCAGCUGGCGAAUAGUUUCUUCCCAGACACAGACCUAGACAAAUUUGCUGCAGAAGACAUCAUUGAUCCUAUUGCAAAGGCCAAGAUGGUAGCUUUGAAAGGCAUUAAGAAAGUGAUGGCUCAGGGCAGCAUUGGUGUGGCACCUGGUAUGAACAGGCAGCAAGUGUCCCUGCUGGCGCAGAGGCUCUCCGGGGGCUCUGGCAGUGAUCUUCAGAACCACGUGGCACCUGGGAGUGGCCAGGAACGGAAUGCUGGUGACCCUGCCCAGCCUCGUCCUAACCCGCCCACUUUUGCCCAGGGAGUGAUCAAUGAGGCUGACCAGCGGCAGUAUGAGGAGUGGCUGUUCCACACCCAGCAGCUCCUACAGAUGCAGCUGAAGGUGUUAGAGGAGCAGAUUGGUGUGCACCGCAAGUCUCGGAAGGCUCUGUGUGCCAAGCAGCGCACUGCCAAAAAGGCCGGCCGCGAGUUCCCCGAAGCCGAUGCUGAGAAGCUCAAGCUGGUCACUGAGCAGCAGAGCAAGAUCCAGAAGCAGCUGGAUCAGGUCCGGAAACAGCAGAAAGAGCACACAAAUCUCAUGGCAGAAUAUCGGAACAAGCAGCAGCAGCAACAGCAGCAGCAGCAGCAGCAGCAGCAGCAGCAGCACUCAGCUGUGCUGGCUGUCAGCCCUUCUCAGAAUCCUCGGGUACUCACCAAGCUCCCUGGCCAGCUGCUCCCUGCCCAUGGGUUACAGCCACCGCAGGCACCUCCGGGUGGGCAAGCUGGUGGUCUUCGUCUGCCUCCAGGGGGUAUGGUACUACCUGGACAGUCUGGUGGUCCAUUCCUCAAUACUACCUUGGCCCAACAGCAGCAACAGCAGCAUUCUGGUGUGGCUGGAUCCUUGACUGGCCCCCCUGGGAGCUUCUUCCCCGGCAAUCUUGCUCUCCGAAGCCUUGGACCUGACUCGAGGCUUUUACAGGAAAGGCAACUACAGCUGCAGCAGCAACGAAUGCAGCUGGCUCAGAAACUACAGCAGCAGCAGCAACAACAACAACAGCAACAACAACAGCAACACCUCUUAGGGCAGGUGGCAAUCCAACAACAACAAGGUCCCGGAGUACAGAACCAGGCUCUGGGUCCUAAGCCUCAGGGCCUUCUGCCUCCCAGCAACCACCAGGGCCUCCUGGUCCAGCAGUUGUCCCCCCAGCAGUCCCAGGGAUCCCAGGGCCUGCUUGGCCCUGCCCAGGUGACAGUGCUGCAGCAGCAGCAGCAGCAACAGCAGCACUCUGGAGCUCUGGGUCCUCAGGGCCCUCACAGACAGGUGCUUAUGACUCAGUCCAGGGUGCUGAGCUCCCCUCAGCUGGCACAGCAGGGUCACAGCCUUAUGGGACACCGGCUACUCACAGCCCAGCAGCAGCAGCAGCAGCAGCAGCAGCAGCAGCAACAGCAACAGCAGCAGCAACAACAGCAACAACAACAACAGGGAUCUAUGACAGGGCUUUCCCAACUUCAGCAAGGAAUGAUGUCACAUGGUGGACAGCCCAAAAUGAGUGCUCAGGCCUUGGGUUCUUUACAGCAGCAGCAGCAACAGCUACAGCAGCAACAGAUGCUACAGCAGCAACAGCUCCAGCAACAACAGCAACAGCUACAACAGCAGCAACAACAGCAACAGCUACAACAGCAACAACAGCAACAGCUGCAGCUACAGCAGCAGCAACAACAGCAACAGCAACAUCUGCAGCAUCAGCAGCAACAACAGCAGCAGUUGCAGCAGCAGCAACAGCUGCAGCAGCAACAACAGCAGCAGCUGCACUUGCAGCAGCAGCUGCACCAGCAACAACAGCUGCAGCUUCAGCAACAGCAGAUGGGCCUCUUGAACCAGAAUCGAACUUUAUUAUCUCCGCAGCAGCAGCAGCAACAACAGCAGCAGCAACAGCAGCAGCAGCAGCAGCAGCAGCAGCAGCAGCAGCAGCAGCAGCAAGUGACACUUGGCCCUGGCCUGCCAGUCAAGCCUCUUCAACACUUUUCUAGCUCUGGAGCCCUAGGCCCAACCCUCCUCCUGACAGGCAAGGAACAAAACAAUGCAGAGACAGCGCUUCCUUCAGAGGUCACUGAGGGACCUUCAACACAUCAAGGAGGGCCACCAGCAGUGGGGACUGCACCUGAGCCAAUGUCUGUUGAGCCAGGGGAGGUGAAGCCUUCCAUUUCUGGAGACUCACAGCUCCUCCUUGUCCAAUCCCAGGCCCAAUCUCAGGCCACCUCAGUGCAGCUGCAGCCCCCGCUCAGGCUCCCAGGACAACCCCAGCCCCAGGUGAACUUGCUUCACACAGCAGGUGGAGGAAGCCAUGGGCAGCAGCUAGGGAGUGGAUCCUCCUCUGAGUCCCCAGCUGUACCCCACCUGCUGGCCCAACCCUCUGUUUCCUUGGGGGAGCAGCCUGGACCUAUGGCCCAGAACCUUCUGGGCUCCCAACAGCCCCUUGGGCUAGAUCGACCCAUUCAAAAUAACACAGGGUCACAGCCUCCCAAAUCAGGGCCUGCUCCGCAGUCUGGGCAGGGUCCUCCUGGAGCUGGAGUCAUGCCUACAGUGGGUCAACUUCGAGCACAGCUCCAAGGAGUCCUGGCCAAAAACCCACAGCUGCGGCACCUGAGCCCACAGCAGCAGCAGCAGCUGCAGGCACUCCUCAUGCAGCGGCAGCUACAGCAGAGUCAGGCAGUACGCCAGACUCCACCGUUCCAGGAGCCCGGGACCCAGCCCUCUCCCCUCCAGGGUCUCCUGGGCUGCCAACCUCAACCUGGGGGUUUUUCUGUAUCUCAGACAGGACCCCUCCAGGAGCUAGGGGCAGGGUCUCGACCUCAGGGCCCACCCCGGCUCCCUGUCCCACAAGGAGCCUUAUCUACAGGACCAGUGCUUGGCCCUGCCCAUCCCACACCUCCACCUUCCAGUCCCCAAGAGCCAAAGAGACCUUCACAAUUACCUUCCCCCAGUGCCCAGCUAACCCCAACCCAUCCAGGGACUCCAAAGCCCCAGGGGCCAGCCUUGGAGCUGCCUCCUGGGAGGGUCUCACCUGCUGCUGCCCAGCUUGCAGAUACUUUCUUUGGCAAGGGGCUAGGACCUUGGGACCCCUCAGACAACCUCACAGAAGCCCAAAAGCCCGAGCAGAGCAGCCUGGUACCUGGGCAUUUGGAUCAGGUGAACGGACAGGUGGUACAUGAGCCGUCCCAGCUCAGCAUCAAGCAGGAGCCUCGGGAAGAGCCGUGUGCCCUGGGUGCACAGACAGUGAAAAGGGAGGCCAAUGGUGAGCCGGCUGGGGCACCAGGCACCAGCAACCACCUUCUGCUAGCAGGCUCCCGCUCGGAGGCUGGGCAUCUGCUCUUGCAGAAGCUUCUACGGGCAAAGAAUGUGCAACUUGGUGCUGGGCGGGGGCCUGAGGGGCUUCGAGCUGAGAUCAAUGGACACAUUGAUAGCAAGCUGUCAGGGCUGGAGCAGAAACUACAGGGUACUUCCAGCAACAAAGAGGAUGCAGCCACAAGAAAGCCUUUGCCAGCGAAGCCUAAGCGGGUGCAGAAGACAAGUGACAGAUUGCCAAGCUCCCGAAAGAAGCUGCGGAAAGAAGAUGGGGUCAGGGCCAAUGAGGCCUUAUUGAAACAGCUAAAACAGGAACUGUCCCAGCUGCCGCUGACGGAGCCCACCAUCACCGCCAAUUUUAGCCUCUUUGCUCCCUUUGGCAGUGGCUGCCUAGUCAGCGGGCAGAGCCAGCUCAGGGGGGCCUUUGGAAGUGGGGCUCUGCACACCGGCCCUGACUACUACUCUCAGCUGCUUACCAAGAAUAACCUGAGUAACCCGCCGACACCACCCUCGUCGCUGCCCCCCACCCCACCCCCAUCGGUGCAGCAGAAGAUGGUGAAUGGUGUCACUCCCUCCGACGAGCUGGGGGAGCGCCCCAAGGACACAGCCUCUGCCCAGGACAGUGAAGGAGCACUGAGGGAUGCUGCAGAAGUGAAGAGUUUAGACCUGCUGGCUGCUCUGCCUACACCCCCUCACAAUCAGACUGAGGAUGUCAGAAUGGAGAGUGACGAGGACAGCGAUUCUCCUGAUAGCAUUGUGCCAGCUUCGUCCCCUGAGAGCAUCCUUGGGGAAGAGGCCCCGCGUUUUCCUCAGCUGGGAUCUGGCCGAUGGGAGCAAGACAACCGGGCCCUCUCCCCCGUCAUCCCUAUCAUCCCUCGCACCGGCAUCCCUGUCUUCCCAGAUACCAAACCUUACGGGGUCCUUGACCUGGAGGUCCCUGGAAAGCUGCCUGCUACAGCUUGGGAGAAGGGCAAGGGAAGUGAGGUGUCAGUCAUGCUCACAGUCUCUGCCGCCGCCGCCAAGAACCUGAACGGUGUCAUGGUAGCAGUAGCUGAGCUGCUAAGCAUGAAGAUACCCAACUCGUAUGAGGUGCUGUUCCCAGAUGGCCCUGCCAGGGCAGGCCUUGAGCCCAAGAAGGGGGAAGCUGAAGGCCCUGGUGGGAAAGAAAAAGGAUUGAGUGGCAAGGGCCCAGACACAGGACCUGAUUGGCUAAAGCAGUUUGAUGCAGUGUUGCCUGGCUACACCCUCAAGAGCCAGUUAGACAUCUUGAGCCUCUUGAAGCAGGAGAGUCCUGCCCCAGAGCCAUCCAUCCAGCACAGCUACACAUACAAUGUCUCCAACCUGGACGUGAGGCAGCUCUCCGCCCCACCUCCUGAGGAACCUUCCCCACCUCCGUCCCCUUUGGCACCCUCUCCUGCCAGCCCUCCGGCUGAGCCCAUGGUUGAACUUCAGGCUGAGAGGCCUGCUGAGCCACCCAUCCCUUCACCUCUCCCACUGGCCUCAUCCCCUGAAUCUGCCCGCCCCAAGCCCCGAGCCCGACCCCCUGAAGAGAGCGAAGAUUCCCGCCCCCCACGCCUUAAAAAGUGGAAAGGGGUACGCUGGAAGCGGCUGCGGCUCCUGCUGACCAUCCAGAAGGGGAGUGGUCAUCAAGAGGAUGAGCGGGAGGUGGCAGAGUUUAUGGAGCAGUUUGGUACAGCUUUGAGACCAAGCAAGGUGCCUCGAGAUAACCGCCGAUGCUGCUUCUGUCAUGAAGAGGGAGAUGGUGCCACCGAUGGGCCCGCCCGCCUGCUCAACCUCGACUUGGACCUCUGGGUACACCUCAACUGUGCCCUGUGGUCCACGGAAGUGUAUGAGACCCAGGGCGGGGCACUGAUGAAUGUGGAGGUUGCCUUGCACCGAGGAUUGCUAACCAAGUGCUCCCUGUGCCAGCGAACUGGUGCCACUAGCAGCUGCAACCGCAUGCGUUGCCCCAAUGUCUACCAUUUUGCCUGUGCCAUCCGCGCUAAGUGCAUGUUCUUCAAGGACAAGACCAUGCUGUGUCCCGUGCACAAGAUCAAGGGCCCCUGUGAGCAGGAGCUCAGCUCAUUUGCUGUCUUCCGGAGGGUCUACAUUGAGCGGGACGAGGUGAAGCAGAUCGCUAGCAUCAUCCAGCGGGGAGAGCGGCUACACAUGUUCCGAGUAGGAGGCCUUGUGUUCCAUGCCAUCGGACAGCUGCUCCCACACCAGAUGGCUGACUUUCACAGUGCCACUGCACUCUAUCCUGUGGGCUAUGAGGCCACGCGCAUCUACUGGAGUCUUCGUACUAACAAUCGUCGCUGCUGCUACCGCUGUUCCAUCAGUGAGAACAAUGGACGGCCUGAGUUUGUGAUCAAAGUCAUUGAACAGGGUUUAGAGGAUCUGGUCUUCACCGAUGCGUCUCCCCAAGCUGUGUGGAACCGCAUCAUUGAGCCUGUGGCUGCCAUGAGAAAAGAAGCCGACAUGCUGAGACUCUUCCCCGAGUACCUGAAAGGCGAAGAACUCUUUGGGCUGACAGUGCAUGCAGUGCUUCGCAUAGCUGAAUCGCUACCUGGGGUGGAGAGCUGUCAGAAUUAUUUAUUCCGCUACGGGCGCCACCCUCUGAUGGAGUUACCGCUCAUGAUCAACCCCACCGGCUGUGCCAGAUCAGAACCGAAAAUCCUCACACACUAUAAACGCGUUUUCACAUCCAUUAUCUCAUUUGAUCCUCACAACAACCUUAUGAGGCCCCAUACCUUGAACAGCACCAGCAUGUCUAAGGCGUAUCAGAGCACCUUCACAGGCGAGACCAACACCCCGUACAGCAAGCAGUUUGUGCACUCCAAGUCAUCUCAGUACCGGCGCCUGCGCACCGAGUGGAAGAACAAUGUGUAUCUGGCUCGUUCGCGUAUCCAGGGCCUCGGCCUCUAUGCAGCCAAGGACCUGGAGAAGCACACGAUGGUCAUCGAGUACAUCGGCACCAUCAUUCGCAAUGAGGUGGCCAAUCGGCGGGAGAAAAUCUAUGAGGAGCAGAACCGCGGUAUUUACAUGUUUCGGAUAAACAACGAGCAUGUGAUUGACGCCACGUUGACCGGAGGCCCUGCCAGGUACAUUAACCACUCCUGUGCCCCUAACUGUGUAGCGGAGGUCGUGACGUUUGACAAGGAGGACAAAAUUAUUAUCAUCUCCAGCCGGCGAAUCCCCAAAGGAGAGGAGCUGACCUAUGACUAUCAGUUUGACUUUGAGGACGAUCAGCACAAGAUCCCCUGUCACUGUGGAGCCUGGAACUGUAGGAAAUGGAUGAACUAAGAAGCUUUGAGGCUACCAGGCAGGGGAAUUCCCCCCAUUCCCGCCUCCUCCCUGAAAGGGACGAGGGGGAAGAGAGGUAGCAGCCAGAGCCAGGACCCAGGGCUAGGGCUCCCGGCUGACCGGAGCCCCUGGAGCAGGAGGCUGGGGCGGAGGACCCUAGGCCAAGCCUACCCUGGGCACCAGGGACAACCUUCUUCCCUGCCACCGGCCCUUAGGCUGGCAUCUGCCCCCAGUUCCAGGAGGGGACAGACAGGAGCAGCCGCUGGGCAUCUCAGGUUUGAGGGGGAUAUGGGCCGGGACUACCCAGAAGUGUCAGGGAGCAGGGAGGGGUGUGCGGCCGGGCCUCACAGCCCUGCUGCCUCCACCGACCUCGCUGGCCCAAUUCAAGGCUGCAAAGAGACUUGACUAAGCUUGACAAUCCCAAAGGCCGGGUCCCACACCUGGCCCUGCCUGCCGGGUCCUGCCCCUACCCUCACCCCCAUCCCCUUCCUCUAUCUGUCUCUGUCUCCCUCUUUUCCUCUGUGUUUCUGUCUCUCUAUGGGUUGUGUUUCCUUGUUUUCCACUCUGACAAAUGCAACAUGAUGGGAAAGAGGCAGCCAGAUGCCCAGGAGGGCAAGCCGGGCAAGCCGGGCAAGGAGACCCCGCACCCACACCUACCUCAUUUAAGUGUUGGAUUUUUUGCUGUUUUGAAAUGUGAGACCCUCUCCGAGCCCCCUACUGCCCUGACUCUCUCCCCCACCUCACUGCCCUCGUCUGAGUGGGUGGAAGGGGGGUAGGAGAAGGACAACAACAACAAUAACAACAACAAAAAUCCAUCUUUGUUUUUAAUUAUGGGCGUGGGAUGGCGGCUGAGGCAAAUGGUGAUGAAGAUUGGGGGUGACUGGUCCCUAGUUGCUCUAGGACCUCCUUCUCCAUCUGGACAUGGAGGCAGGAGGGGCGUGCUAAACCUAGGACCAGGAUCUCGCUCUCCUGUUUUCCCAGCCUCAUCCCGAGCCCAUCUGCCCUCCAGCCCCUGGACGGGGUGUGGGGGGUAGGGUGAGGGCUAUCCCUGAGCGGCGUGCCCAUACCCAGUGAGGCCGGGUGUGGUCCAGAGCUCUCACUUGCCCUCAGUCACCAAACUGCUGCUGGUCUGGUGGGAAUGGGUGGUGAUGUGGGGGUGGGGAGCUUAGUGUCAGCGCGGGGAGGGUGGGGGGUAUUUAUCUAUUUAUACAUGGGAUUGUACAUAGUCUUGUGGGGCAUGGGGGAGCCGGCCGGAGGUGAGAGCCCUCCCCUCUCCCCCUACCCCCGGGGAGAGCAAAUGUAAAACUACUAAUUUUUGUGCUUUAUAUAUUCUAUAUAAAUAUAUCUAUUUUCUUUUUACAAAACCAGUUUAUAAAUGGUAGGGGGGUGUGGGGCGGACACAUGGAGCUCCCCUUGUGGGGGGGCCCCCUCCAUUACCCAACCUACCGCCCUUUCCUCCCCCCCCCUCCCCACCCCCUGGCUGUGACUGCUGUAAGGUGGGGGUAUAGAGAGAAGCUGGGUGAUUCUUACCCGGGUUGUAUAGUUGGACUAUGUUAUAACGCACAAAGUGAGCUGGCCCCAGGGGGAGCCAGAGGGUGAUGGUGCCCUUAUCUUCCUUUCCCUUCCUUUCCCCCCCCAAGCUUGUGCUGCAGACGAACCUCUUCCUGCGGGUAGCGGUAGGGUAGAGGGUGUGUGAGGCCUCAGACCCCUCUCUGGUGGAGCGAGGGGAUGAAAUGACGCUUCUAUGCAGUUCUCUCCUAGGGGCUGUGGGCAGAGGGCAUUUUGUAAUUACUAUUUUCAAGAAUCAGAUUAUCUGGAUUGUAGAGAUGGGCUGGAUGGUGGCAAAUGGGCAGGCCUGCUGGAGGGGUAGGGCGGUUGCUGUUGUGAUUUUAGGUUUUUGUUUUGUUUUAAAUUUGGGGGAUUGUGGAUUGAUGGGGGUAGGGAGAUUUUUGGGUUUUUUUUUUUUUUUUUUUUUUUUUUCUGGCCUUUUUUUUUUCUUUUCUUUUCUUUUUUUUUUUUUUAAAGCUGCUUCCUCAACUGUUUCAAGCUGCAAAUGUUUGAGAAUAACAACUCCCCCACACUCCCACGGAAACCAUUGUAAUUAGACUAGACAGUGGGAACCUGGGCUUGCUGUCCCCAAAGCCACAGAGCUGAACGGUCUAGGCAUUAGGUGGGGGAGAUGGUCUCCUGUGAGUCAGGCUCUGGUUGGGGUUUGGGCCCUAGAACUGGGAAAGGAGAAGGGGCAGACUUUGUAAGCAUAUGCUAGGUAUCCGAUAGUCCUGUAGAAUUUAGUGAAGAAACCUUAUACAGUUUUUAAUUUUUAUAUAAACUAUAACUCAGACCCACGCUACAAGGUUGGAAUUUUGGUUGUUGUUGGUUUUUUUUUUUUUUUUAAAGUACCCUGCCUGUAUAAUUGCAUCAGAAUCCCACCCCCAACCCCGCCCCCUGUGUUUGUAUUUUGGGUUGGUUUACACUUGCACUCAAUUUUCAGUUUCUCCCUUUUUACCUUCUACCUUCACCUCCAGGACCCUCCCCCUUUAAAAAAAAAUAAAUCGCUGACAAGUGUGAACCCGUGAAGAACUUUCUUUUGUGUUGUGUGUAUCCUGUACAGCAAGGUUGGUCCUUCGUGACAACGGAUGAAAUGGUUCCCUUUUUUAAAGCGCUCUCUCUUCCUCCACCCCCAGCGCCCCUGUCCUUGGCAUGUUUUGUAUCAGCGAUCAUUCUGAACUGUACAUAAUUUAUGUUGCGAGAGGCAAAGGGCAAGUUUUGGAUUUUGCUUCUUCAAAGUUUGUUUUUAAACGAUAAAUAAAAAAAGAACAUUUUAAAUACAA